GGCCGAGCGCGCCGCCUUUGCUGCAGUCAUGGCCGCCAGGCUCUUCCCCGCCGUCAAGUUUGUCAUCAAAGGAAGCCUGGCUGGAGCUGCUGUAUAUGUGGCAUAUGAUCAGGGGCUGCUGGGCAGUGGCACACAAGGUGCUGAAGCUCUCAAAAAAGCUCAAGCAGCACUGCCUCCAGCUAUCCAGGAGUGGACAAGUUAUAUAGGCUGGGAGCUCCCACCCACUCCAAAAUUUGACUUUUCCCCCUCUGAUUCCUGGAAUAAAGGAGUGCAGACAGUCAUGUCUGCCUUGUCUGUAGCUCCCACCAGGGCCUGUGAAUACACUGUGGAAGGCUGGAAAUAUGUGAAGGAUCAUGUCAAAUGAACACGUUCUCCAGGGUUCAUGAUUCUCUCCAUCCUGUGUUGUCUUUGGGAUCAUGCAUAGUCCAUCCCUCUAGAGGGCAGCUCAGCCAUGCAAGGGCUACAAUAAAAGACUUUGGAACUUUCA